AUGAACUUGGCUUUCACUUUUGCUCCAUUCUCAACUACUACUCAAUUUUCACCUUCCUUCAUUUUCACCACUCCAAUCUCUCACCCCCAAACCAAUUCUUCAGGUAGAAAAAGCUUAAUUUUUCGUGUGCAAAACGUUCAUAAUCAUAUUCAGUCAACACCUACUACUACUACUACUACUGCUUCUUUCAUGGCUUCACAACAGGGAAUUCAACAAGUUAACCCUAAUUUUUAUCCAGAUAUUGAACCCUAUAGUACUGGUUUUUUGAAGGUUUCAGAUCUUCAUUCAAUCUAUUGGGAGCAAUCAGGAAAUCCAACUGGCCAUCCUGUUGUCUUCCUUCAUGGAGGCCCUGGAGGGGGAACUUCCCCGAGUAAUAGGAGAUUUUUCGAUCCUGAAUUUUACCGAAUCAUACUAUUUGAUCAGAGAGGUGCAGGGAAAAGCACACCCCAUGCUUGCUUAGAGCAUAACACAACAUGGGACCUUAUUGACGACAUCGAAAAAUUAAGAGAACAUUUGGAGAUUCCCGAAUGGCAGGUAUUCGGUGGAUCAUGGGGAAGCACACUUGCCCUUGCUUACAGCCAAUCUCACCCAGACAAGGUUACUGGCAUGGUCCUCAGGGGAAUUUUUCUUUUAAGGAAGAAAGAGAUUGAUUGGUUUUAUGAGGGUGGUGCUGCUGCAAUAUUCCCCGAUGCUUGGGAGCCAUUCAGAGAUCUUAUUCCAGAAAAUGAGAGAGGAUGCUUCAUUGAUGCUUAUAAGAAGAGAUUAAACUCUGAUGAUAUCGAAACUCAGUAUGCAGCUGCUAGAGCAUGGACCAAAUGGGAAAUGAUGACUGCUCAUCUUUUUCCAAAUGAAGAGAAUGUCAAAAGAGGAGAUGAUGACUACUUUUCACUGGCAUUUGCAAGGAUUGAAAACCACUAUUUUGUCAACAAGGGAUUCUUUCCCUCCGAUUCAUUCUUGUUAGACGGUGUUGAUAAAAUAAGGCAUAUCAACACCACAAUCGUGCAGGGAAGAUAUGAUAUGUGCUGCCCUAUCAUGUCAGCCUGGGAUCUGCAUAAAGCUUGGCCUGAGGCAGAUUUUCGGGUGGUAGCCGAUGCAGGACAUUCAGCCAAUGAACCGGGCAUAGCUGCUGAACUUGUGGCGGCAAAUGAGAAAUUGAAAAACAUACUCAAGAAUAAAGGGGACUAA